UAGGAGCAUGUCGGGGCAUGGCGACGCGAACAAACCAGUAAUGUGUACAUGGCACUUGUCAAACUGGAGCUGGAGGUAAAGAAGAAGAGAAUUGCAUCUUGAAUCAUGGACGGUGGUCAAUCAAAAGAUACAGACACACAGUUUAUAUCCUUCCACGAUUUCCCAUCGAUUAGCCAUGCCGGCAACACCGAGGGACAGCUGGGCACCGGGGCUUCCACUCAGCAGUCCUUCAAUAACCUCCCAAACGACUCGAUGGGUAUCGGUAUUAUGGAAGAUUUACAGGGAAUGCCCAAUAAAACCGAAGGUAUUGCUCAACCCAACUUUUGGACAAUCGAGUACUACCAAAAGUUCUUUAAUGUCAAUACGAAUGACGUGUUGGAGAGGCUUAAACGAUCUAUGAUACCACAUGGUAACGAUAAUUAUCUCAUAACCCAUAUAAGGCCAAAUCCAGAUUUGUAUGGACCAUUCUGGGUAUGCAUGACACUGGUGUUUGUUAUUGCAAUCAGCGAGAACGUGACAAACUACUUGCAGACCACCAAUAGCAACAAGCAUCACUGGAGAUAUGACUUUCAUAUUGUAUCAUAUGCCGCCACUUUUAUAUUUUUAUAUGCAUGGCUUCUACCGCUGGCUCUAUGGGGUGCAUUCAAAUGGACUAACGGUUCGAGAAAUACUGAAGAGGAAUUAAUUGAGUCUUACGCUGCUCCAGGACUCUUAGAACUUUUGUGUCUGUAUGGAUAUUCUCUGAGCAUUUACAUUCCAGUAGCUUUUCUAUGGGUAAUUCAAAUUAGUUGGUUGCAAUGGAGUCUAGUCAUAUUAGUAACCUUUUUAUCUGGUGGAGUUUUACUUCGAUCGUUAUUACCAGUAAUUGCAGGGAGACAUAAGAUUGUAUAUGUUGCUGUAAUUCUGGGUAUGCAUCUGUUGUUGGCGGCUGGAUUUAUGCUGUAUUUCUUUCAUGUACCAUCUAAGACCACCGCGUCAACCGUAACAGAAUUGGUAGCAUCAUCUACACAUGCCAGUGUUUUGCAUAAAAUAGCGCAGAGCAACAAUUCUGUCGUAUCACCAACGGUAUCUUGAAACAUUUAAAUGCGAAUCUGAUAACGAUAGAAUUGUCUCCUCAAGACUAUUGAAAAAGCUUACCCAUUUACGAGUGUAUAUCGGAUUUUAUUUAAAAUAGUCUCUCCCUGAUUUUAUAUAUCAAAACAUAUAUCGCACAUGGCGCUAAUCCACUUAUAGAAGUAGUAUUUAUACUAUAACUGUAAAACUAUAAGGUAAGAAUAAAAAGUAUCCCAAUCCUUAAA